AGAAGGAUCACUUCUGAGCUUCAGAUAUAUGCUGCCAGCUUGAAAGAAGGACAAGAUCAGAGAACAAAAAUCUCUAGUUCUAGUGCUUAACCAGGUGUAAUUUGAUUUAUUGUUUGCGGGACAAAACAUUAGGAGGGAAGAUGCUUCCUUUCUACUUUCUGAGCUUGAUUGUGACAGCUAAAGCAGAGCUUUUGCCAGGCUCCUGCAGCUUUCAGGACAGUUUAUGUGACUAUACGUCUGACCCCGACUUUCUCAGCUGGACCCUCAAACCUUCCGGACACUUCAUCACAGUGGAAGAGCGAGUCCAGGAGCACCAGGGAAAGGCGGUUCUUUUGGGUCCAGAUGUGGAUCAGCAGGACUGGAGCUGCUUCAGGAUGGUCUAUCAGGUCACAGGCAGCGCCUCCCUGCAGGUGCAGAAGCGCACGGACGGAGAGAGCUUCGAUCAGGUGCUCUGGACCACCCAAAACCCGUCUGAUAGCUGGCUCAUCGCCAGCAUUGACCUCCAGAACAGCAACGAAACUUCCAAGAUCGUCAUUGAAGGCAAACUAGGAGCAGAAGAAGGCAGCAGUGUGUCCAUCUUUGAGAUCAAGAUCUCUGAUAAAUACUGUAUAGAGUGUGACUUUGAAGAAGAUCAUCUGUGUGGCUACAUUAACGACAGGAACAGAUUCAUGAACUGGCGUGUGGGGAGAUCUAAUGAUUCACUGAACCAUGGACCAGGUCAGUACAUGUACGUGGACUCUACAGACAUUAAAAGCUUCCAGGAGGUGGCCAGGCUGGUGUCUCCGAUCACCUCAGUGCCCAUGUCGGGCUGCUUGAGCUUCCAGUACCAGCACUAUCACGCCGGGGACCAUCUGUUCCUCCUCUUCAGCAGGGAUCAGGCCGGACAGUAUCAGGAGCUGUGGAGAGCCGAUCUACUGGAGAACAACACCAUGAACUGGAGUCCAGAAACCAGAGUCUGGAGACCAGUACAAGUGGACCUCAAAGCUCCAUAUCCAAUAGAGUUGGUUUUCGAGGAGACGUUCAACAGUCCACAUGGAGGAUAUGUGAUUCUUGAUGACAUCUCCUUCUCUCCAGAGUUCUGUGAUGCAGGAACAGAACCAGUAUUUGAUCCAUCUGUUGCCAACUGUGACUUUGAGUCAGGAUAUUGUCAGUAUGUCCAGACACAGACAGACAGUUCACUGUGGAGGAGAGUGUCUGUGAGACCCAACAUCUUCACGGCUGGAGACCACACGACAGGAGCAGGAUCCUUCUUGUUGGCCAACUCUCGCUUCAGAUUACUGUCUGGAUACGUCAGUCGUUUGUUUGGCCCAGUGAUGCCAGCCAAUCAGAAAUACUGCCUGAAGUUCUUCUACUCCCUGCAAGGCCUCAGUGGAACAGACCGAGUCUUGGCAGUGUAUCUGUAUUACGGCGACGGUACUAAACAAGAACAAAUAUGGACCCAGAAUUAUAAGAUAACAAAUGUUUGGAUUGCAGUAGAACUGACCAUUCAGAGCCUGAAGAAUGCCCAGGUGGUUUUCAUCAGCACAUGCAAACAUUUUUGGAGCUGUAGUUCUGUGGGUCUCGACGACAUUAAGGUCACGCUGGGCGACUGUGCACUGUUAGCGUCCUCGGCGUCAGCUCUGUCUCGCUGUGACUUUGAGGCUGGUCUGUGUGGAUUCACUCAGGAUAAUGAGGGAGACUCGGGUGACUGGAUGCUGGCCCGAGGACCCACACCCACAUCCUUCACAGGGCCCCGAGGAGACCACACCACCGGAGUGGGUCAUUAUUUGCACAUCGAGGCGUCGGUGAUGCAGGCCGGUCACACAGCGCGCCUCGUCUCCAGCUCUCUGCGCGGCUCUAGAGACACACAGUGCUUGCAGUUCUUCUACCACAUGUACGGCUCAGGGAUCGGACAGCUGAGCGUUUACCUCCAGACCGGACAAGAGAGCCAGGACAAACUACUGUGGACGAGCCGUGGAGAGCAGGGCAUCUCCUGGCUCCGAGCGGCAGUGAACUAUCAGUUUGACCAGCGGCACCAGAUUGUGUUUGAAGCCACCAGAGGAGCAUCAGCAAGGAGUGAUAUUGCAAUCGAUGAUGUUGUUUUCGAAAGAGGACCAUGCAGAGAAUAUGCUGAUGACCAUAUCCCUCAUCUUCACCUCUCUGGAAAUAAUAAUGACAUUCAGGAGUAUGAAACCGCAGGUAAAGAGCUCGCGGGGCUGAAGGAGAAGCUCAGGAGCCGCUGCUCAGGAAGAUCUGCAGAUGAAGGAGCUGCUCAGCACACAUCACAAACCUGAUCUGAGUUAGGGCCAAAACAUCAGCACAGGAUCAUCUUCCAUAUCAGUCGAUAGACAUCGUUACCUUUAUCUCUUUCAAGAUUAAAGACAGGUGUUUGCUCUCGAGUGAAAGUUGUAGAAAUCAGACGGUUAACUGUGGUUCCCAUUGACUUCCAUAGUAACUCUUUUCCUACUAUAGAAGUCAAUGGGAACCACUGACUGUUCGGUUCCCAGCAAUCUUCAACAUAUCUUCCUUUAUGUUCAACAUAAGAAAGCAGCUCAUACAGGUUAGGAAAGACAUGAGGGUGAAGAAAUGAUGACAGAAUUUCAUUUUUGGGUGAACUAUCCCUUUAAAGGGAUUGAUCUUCCUAACAUUUAUUUGGAAAUCAGUUAUCAUGUUCUGUAAUCCUUUUUAACAAAGACAUAACAAACCAAUAUAUAUUUAUUAAUUUAUUACAAAUAAAUUUAAAUGUACUUUGUAGUUGUUGUGCGUGUCCAUCGACAGCCGAAAUCACCAGAUCACUUCCUGUUCAGAUGAAUAGUCACAUGCGCUCACAAGACACGGUUUUAUUUGAUAGCUGGGUUUGUGGAACUAAAUCAUUAACCGUAUAUAAAUCAGAGAUUAUGCUUUA